AUGCUGGUAAACUUUCUUGAAGCGCAGGGGCUCUUUUUGAUGAAUUCUUUCUUUGAAAAGAAGCCCCAGAGGAAGUGGACCUGGCGAAGCCCCAAUAACGUGACAAGGAACGAGAUAGACUUUAUCAUUUCGAAUAAAAGGCACAUAUUUAGAGAUGUCUCAGUGAUCAACAGGUUUAAUACCGGUAGUGAUCACCGCUUGGUUAGAGGCACUCUAGAUAUCGACUUCAAAGCCGAAAGAUCGCGAAUGAUGAGGUCUACUCUCCGACCUACCAUGCUCCAGACUGCUCAAGGCUCCGAAAAGUUCCAAAUGGAGCUUCAAAAUCAAUUCACCGCGUUGGAAACCGUAAGCAGUAUUGAUGAGAAAACCGACACGCUGGUCAAAAUACUGCAAAACACAUCCCGCAAGUGUUUUCCGCCACAGAAAAGAGACAGCGCACCAAAACUCUCUGCUGAGACACUCGAGCUCAUGAGGAAACGACGAGAACUACCAUCGUUUUUGUCAGAUAAGGCCUUAAACCGAACAAUAAAAACGCUGACGCGGCGCGAUCUCCGAUGCUCCAAUACCCGCGCCAUCAAGGCUGCGAUUGAGCAAAAUCGGGGAUCGAAAGUGUUCGCUCGCAAGUUUGGGAGGCCGCGUCUGACGAAACUUAAAACUGAAAAUGGUAAGGUCGUUACCUCAAGGCCUGAGAUCGUCGGAGAAGUAGAGAGGUUUUAUGGGCAGUUGUUCUCUUCAAGAUCGGAUAAACCUGUGGGAAUCAGUAUUGAUGACCAGCGCGCCCCUCUUACGCGCCAUUAUUCCGAGGAGCUCCCGGUCGUUGACCAAGGCGAGAUUAGGGCGGCUCUAGAACAGCUUAAAAACAACAAAGCUCCGGGAGAUGACGGAAUCACAACAGAGUUGCUUAAGGCAGGCGGGACUCCGCUGUUCUCAAGAGUCGUCACGCACCGUCUCGCCAGACGACUUGACGAGUUCCAGCCCCCAGAGCAAGCCGGCUUUCGAUCAGGCUACAGCACCGUAGACCACAUCCAUAUUGUUCGGCAGAUUGUGCAGAAGACCGAAGAGUACAAUCAGCCGCUGUGUAUGGCUUUUGUGGAUUACGAGAAAGCCUUUGACUCCAUCGAAACCUGGGCAGUGCUCGACUCAUUGCAGAGAUGUCAUAUCGAUUGGAGAUAUAUCGAGGUACUGAGGUGUCUGUACAACGCCGCUACAAUGACUGUCCACAUCCAGGACUGUAAGACGAAGGCGAUCCAACUGCGCAGAGGGGUGAGACAGGGGGAUGUAAUAUCCCCGAAACUGUUCACCAACGCGUUGGAAGACGUCUUCAAGACGCUGGAUUGGACUGGAUAUGGAGUCAAUGUAAACGGCGAGUGCAUCUCACACCUUCGAUUUGCCGACGAUAUCGUCAUCAUAGCAGAGUCGCUGGAACAGCUAACCGAAAUGCUGCGUAGCCUAAGCGAUUCUUCCCGGCGUGUCGGUCUCGGUAUGAACUUGGACAAGACCAAGGUCAUGUUCAAUAGGUGCUUGGUUGGAGAUUAUUGA